AGGAUAGAAACAUAACUUAAAGUUGUGUGGUUGUGCCCUUAGCUGGAAAGCUGUGGUAGAUUAUAUUGACCACCAGUUUGAGAAGUACCGAAAGGCAGAGAUCCAUCUAAACCGUAAGAACAUUCAGGACAGUCGGGUGCAUUGCUGUCUGUAUUUCAUCUCGCCUAGUGGACACGGGUAAUAAUCAUGUGUUUUUUUUUCCUUAAUGGCCACUGUGUAAUAUAUUAAUACUUUAGAUAUAAGAUUAAUUACAGAUGUAAUAGAAACAACGUCAGCUCUAAGUAAUGACAUUUGCCAUAACAACAUCUACUUGUGCAAUUAUCUUGACUCAAUUAGCGUAAUACAGCAUAUGAUUUAACAGCAUUGACUUGUUACCUGUCAGAAAAACAUAACCUAUAUGACUGAUAAAUGAAUGUCAAUUCAUAACCUAUAUGACUCACACAUUUUUGAUUUGAUCAUGUUCAUUCAGUGAAACAAGGGAAGCCCAAUACUUUUGACACCGCAACCCAACUGAAUCCAGCAAUGUUUGGUAUUUUUGGUCAUUUUUAGGGUAGUGUGAACUCACCUGUGUAAAUGAGCAUCCUAUCAGCAACAGCACUGACCUUUUUUCCCAGACAUACCCAUAGAACCCAUUCUAUCCAUCCUCAUGCGCAUAGACACUACUGUACUUGUUUGUCACCAUGAUUAGAGGAGAAUAUUAAUAUGCUCUUGCUGUUCGUCUGUUGUGGCAGCCUCAGACUGGUUGAUGUAGAGUUCAUGAAGGCACUCCAUAAGAAGGUCAACAUAGUGCCUGUGCUGGCUAAAGCAGACACCCUCACUCGCUCAGAGACCCAUUAUAUGAAAACCAGGAUUUUGGAUGAGAUUGAUAGACACAGGAUCAAAAUCUUUGACUUCCCUGAAUGUGACUCAGAUGAUGAUGAACUCCUAAGAAAGCACAACUUUUACCUAAAGAGGAGCAUGCCAUUCGCAGUAAUUGGGAGCAACACAACAGUCAAGAGAAAUGACCGGAAAGUUCGAGCUCGUAUUUAUCCAUGGGGUACUGUAGAAGUGGAGAACCCCGCUCACUGUGACUUUCUGCUCCUAAGGAGCAUGCUGAUACAUACACACAUGCAGGACCUGAAAGACUUGACUGAGGACACAUUGUAUGAGAACUACCGUACUCAGAUCUUGUGCCAGAACUAAGACCCUGCUGAUAAUCUGGAUUGUGUUUGAAGGAGGAUAUUGGAGGAAUAUGCACCGCUGGGAAUAUUGCAAGAUGGAAUAAAAUGUUUUGAAAUGUUUUGAAUUGUACAUUUUUGAGUUUAUGCUAAACAUACUCGAAGAUGCCCAAUGAUAUUAUAAUAAACAUUAUACUGAUUAUUGUUUGUGUUAUCGCUUCACAUAAACAGCAGAAGCGCAUAUUCCUGUUACUGAACGUUAUAAUACUCUGACACUGGAGACUCCUUACGUAAAUGUUUUCUAACAGAAAGAUUUGCAGUAUGUCCACAUGAAUGAGUUGUUGCUAUAAAAAUAAUACUGUAUUAGAGCGAGUGCAUUGAUAUGAACCUUUAAAUGGCUUUAAACCAAUAAAUUUUUCAUGUUGUGA